AUGGAUAAACUAAAGAACAACUGGUUUAGUGAGGCUUGUGAGAUGUGGCCCGGUGCCACAUUCUCAUUUGAAGUUAAGAAGAUUCUACACUCAGAAAAGUCUGAUUACCAAGAUAUACUGGUCUGUGAGAGCACCAGCCUGGGUAAAGUCCUUGUGCUUGAUGGCAUCAUACAAUGUACUGAGAAGGAUGAGUUCUCAUAUCAGGAAAUGAUAUCAUUUCUGCCCCUGUGUUGCCAUAAAAACCCUGAAAAGGUGCUAAUAGUUGGUGGGGGUGAUGGCGGUGUUGCCAGAGAAGUUGCCAAGCAUCCUAAAGUUAAGGAAAUUGUCCAGGUCGAAAUCGACGCAAAAGUAAUUGAAGUAUCUAAAAAGUAUCUACCCUUCAUGGCAGUGGGUUUCGACAGUCCAAAACUGAAACUGCACGUCGGUGAUGGCUUUGAGUUCAUGAAAAAUCACAGCCAAGAGUUUGACGUUAUUAUUACUGACAGCAGCGACCCUGUAGGACCCGCUGUCAAUUUGUUCCAAGAGAAUUACUUCGCUCUCAUGAAGAGCGCUUUAAGGCCCAACGGCAUUGUUUGCUCUCAAGCUGGCACGGUUUGGAAUGAUCUGGAAUUAGUUUCUAAUACUUUAAAGUUUUGUAAGAAUCAGUUUCCUAAAGCAACAUACGGAUAUGCCACAGUGCCUACUUAUCCCUCAGGACAAAUAGGAUUCGUAAUCGGGUCUUUAGAUAGUGAAAUUAAAUUUGAUGAGCCACAACUAGUGUUAACGUCAGAAGAUGAGAAAGCAAUGAAUCUCAAGUACUACAAUAGUGAAAUCCAUAAAGCGGCAUUCGUUUUACCUACAUUUGUCAAAAAUCACUUAGCUUGA